AUGACCCCGUUCUCCGGCCUCUCACGGUAUCUCUCCCGCCGGGCGCCAGGAACUCCCCCAGCACUGGUGAGGAUGCUUUCAAAGGCGUCGAAGGCGGCGAAGGCGGCGAAGACGGCGAAGGCGGAGAAGGCGGCACCGGCCCCGGCCCAGAAUCGCAAUCGCAAACUCAUUGCUGACCUUAGAAAGAUAAUGACGACGAAUACCGCCGCAUCCACCACCCGCAAUCCCCGCGACACCUAUUAUCCCCCCAUCCCCAUCGACUCCCGCAUCCCGGAGGCAUCCACACCCUCCCAUCCCGGCGACUCCCUCAUCCCGGAGGCAUCCACACCCUCCCAUCCCGGCGACUCCCUCAUCCCGGAGGCAUCCACACCCUCCCAUCCCGGAGGCACCCCGGCCAAACCUACAACGUCGCUGUUGACGAAGGUGACCUUAGCCGUGAACUUGGGUGCACUGUGUGAAAGGGCUGCCCAAUCGUACCAAUCACUCAAAGAGAAGUUGAAAGAAAAAUACGAUUCUCUGUUUAAGAAGAAGAAGAACGGUGACGGGGAAAAGGGGAAAGGCAAUGGAAAUGGUAAGCAAGGGAAGUGCAAUGGAAAUGGAAAGAAAGGCAAAGGCGAUGGAAAUGGGGGAGAUGGCGGCGGCGGCGGCAGCGGCAGCGGCGGCGGCGGCGGCGGCGGUGAAGACGACAUCGUCCACGAGAUGAUGCGUCAUGUAAAUGAUUUCUUCUAA